AAAACAAAUUCCUUACUGACCCAAUUUCAAAAAACGGGCAGUUUCUUUUUUCUCCGGCAACGUGUGGCGAUUCCCGAGUUGCAGGUUUGCUUCUAUAUCUUUCUCAUAAUUAUCGGACUCUUAUAUUCAAUUGAAGAAAAAGGCCCUAAAUCCUUCUCGUAAAGUAAGAAAUUGAUAGUUUGAUGCACUAAUUUCCCGCUAUAAAAAGAGUGGGAUUGUAAAGGUUUUUAAGGCUUAGAACCUGUGAUUUACCUACUGGUCAUAGCUACUGUGAAUUAGCUCCUUAACAGAUAAAAAAGAAGCAUUGAUGAAAUCCCAUUCGGGAUGGGGCUCGCUGAAGAACCCGGUGAAGUUUAAGAUUCCAACGUCGGAGAAUCUUGUUCCUAUUCGUCUCGACAUCGAAAUUGAUGGCCAACGAUUUAGAGAUGCUUUUACUUGGAAUCCAAAUGAUCCUGACUCAGAGGUGGUGGUGUUUGCGAAGAGAACUGUGAAGGAUUUGAAACUUCCUCCUGCUUUUGUCACUCAGAUUGCUCAAUCCAUUCAAUCACAAUUGACAGAAUUUCGGUCAUACGAAGGACAAGAUAUGCACACUGGCGAAAGAGUUGUUCCUAUCAAGCUUGAUCUCCGAGUAAAUCACACAGUUAUCAAGGACCACUUUUUCUGGGACUUGAACAAUUUUGAGAGUGAUCCUGAAGAAUUUGCGCGGACAUUUUGUAAAGAUAUGGGAAUUGAAGACCCAGAAGUUGGAUCGGGGCAGCCUCUCAACCUCACCUUUGAGGCAGUGCCUGCAAUUGCCAUAGCAAUUAGAGAACAACUUUAUGAGAUUGCAAUUCAAAGUGUUGCAUCUGCAAGAGAAAGCAGGGCAAAUAAGAAAGGACGCAGAGGAACAGAACAUCUCUCAGCUAGUAAAAUAGGUAUGCCUGCAUUAGACCUGGUGAAGCUAUUUGGCAUUAAAUCAAGUGUUGUCCGGAAAAAGAGGGACUGGGAUGUAUAUGAACCAAUUGUGGAUCUCCUGUCAAAUGAAGAGGUGGAUGCCCUCGAGGCUAGAGAAGAGAGGAUUGCUCGGUGAUGCAGACACUGUCCGUUGGAAUGGAUACCAUCUGUUUAAAGGAGAAAUUGUUUAAGUUUUAGAAUGAUGAAAUGAAACUAAUUCCUAAUCAUGUUAUAGCAAAAAUUCCGUUUUGUGGAGAAUGUUGCAGAUUUUCGCAUUUAUCUGGAGAUAGUAGUUACUUCUGUUCAUGAAAAGAAUAUGGAUCAGCAGUUCUGUUGUAUCUUUUAAUGUAUCCUCCAUGCUCUGAGAGACUGCUAAUCAUGUUAUACCUAUUUUACUAUGGAUAUUUUUGGAUUACAAACGA